AUGGAUGUCGUUGUGAUCCUCCGUGCUAUUUAUGGGAUGUUACAGGCUUCGUUGCUAUGGUACCAAAAUCUGAGGGCAUCGCUGGAAGAAUACGGAUUCGUGUUUAAUGUAUAUGAUCCGUGCAUUGCAAAUAUGACGGUCAACAAAAAGCAAUUGACUAUCAGGUUUCAUGAUGAUGAUGUGCUAGCAAGCCACAUGGAACAAAGAGUUCUCGAGGAUUUCUUUACAUGGAUAAAUGAGGGAUACGGAGGACUAAAGGAAGUGACUUGCACACGGGGACGAGUUCACACCUAUCUGGGAAUGACAUUGGAUUAUUCAAAGAAAGGAAAGCUGAAGAUUCGAAUGGACGAUUAUGUUCAAAGAAUGCUUGACGAGUUUUCUGUGAAGUUUAAAGAGGAUGACAAACAGGAAACACCUGCUGGCAAUAAUUUGCUGGAGUGGUAUGUUGAUGCGUCUUUUGCGGUUCACCCUGACUUCAAGAGUCACACAGGAGGAGUGAUAACCAUGGGUGUUGGAGCUAUGCAGGCUAUGUCCAAGAAACAGAAGCUAAACAGCCGCAGCAGUACACAUGCGGAACUAAUUGGAGUAGAUGAUGCAAUCACACAAGUGUUGUGGACACGCAUGUUCAUGGAAGAACAGGGUUAUCCAAUUGAGAAGAAUAUCUUGUACCAAGACAAUAUGAGCUCUAUUCUCCUCAAAAAGAACGAAAGAUCAAGUGCAGGAAAGCAAAGCCGCGCAUUGAACAUCCGUUAUUUCUUUGUCACUGAUCAGGUUGAGAAAGGAAAUCUUACAAUCAAACGCAUGCCGACCGAUGACAUGUGGGGGGAUUAUAUGACAAAACCUUUGCAAGGGGAAAAGUUCCGCAAAUUUCGGGCAUUGAUCCAAGGGGAUCAGGAAGAUAGAUAUAACCGUCUUGGGUUAUAUAUACACGUUACAUAUUAA